AUGAAGGAUUUUGAAUUAAACUGUGUUUUACCCAUUUCGUGGGGGAGGGUGGCAGCAGGCCGUCAGGUGGAGGUGACCCUAUGCCCUGGGCCAGGGCCUGAAGGGGGAGAAGGUGUCCUCUGCUCGAGGCCUGACCCAAGGCAGGCACGGAGCCGAGUUCACCAAGUGCGCUGUGUGGUGGGGCCCCGGGCGGUCCCGUCUCCCCAUCACUCUGCUUCCCGCCUGACAGAGCUGUGUGCCCAUUUCUCUUGGUACCUGCCGGAGACCGUCUGGUCCAACGAGACCAUCCAGACUGGAGAAGUCAGCAAGGACACCCCCACAAAGCUUUGUGCUUUAAGGGAGGACCGGAGCUUUGUGGAGGUUCUUCGUUUCUUUCUUGUAAAAUCUGGGGUGGGGGCAGGACACGCACGCAUCUGCUCUUAUCAGUGCCUGGCUGACACUGAGACGGACCAGGGCACCUCCUUCACCUCCGCGCCCCCCCCCGCCCCCCCCCCCCCGUCCAAGGGCCCUGAGAGCCGUGCUGCCGGGGAAUGCGCAGGGUCUCAGGCCCAGGACACAGGCGGCUGGAUCGAGCGUGUCCUGAAGGUGGUCACAAACCGGCUCUUCUGCACUCAUCUUGUGUGUCGCUGCUGCGUGGCAUAUUCAGUGGGGCUCCCCUCUCCCACGGUCCGGGUCUGA